AUUCAGGGGACCCUGAAGUUGUGCCUAUGCAAUGCAGAAGUCAUCGCGUGUCAGAAGAUGGGCCUCACGUUCAUUCCGGGAAACUUGCCCGCCGCCGUCGAAGAACUGUUGCUGAAUUCAAAUGCCAUAACAGCACUGAACGAAUUGGCUCUGAGAAACCUGACGGAGCUCCGUCUUCUGAGCCUCAGCGGGAACCAGAUCCAAGAGAUCCCUGCGAAUACCUUCGCUUCCUCUCCGAGACUACGGAAUCUGUAUUUUGGCUAUAAUGCACUGCACUGGAUCGUGAGGGACGCAUUUUACAACCUCAACAAUCUGCGAUAUCUGUGA